AUGAGCACUAAACAAUUAUCAACAUUUGCUAGGCAAAUAACCCCUAGAAACAAUGAACGACAAAUCGAUAAAUAAUUGGAUGGAGUUGAAUAAAAACGAGAUAGUGACGAUGAUUCAACUUCGAACGAUGAUGCUACUGAUGAUGAUGAAGUUUUAGAUGAGUAAAAGAUGGUAUGA